ACCGCUGAACUUCUGCAUCAUUCAUUUGUACCUUGUCAUGACCUCAUCUUAACGCGACUGACUAUGUACAGACAGCACAUUUGCUAACUGGAAAGUUGAGACUCUUUUCAUCUAAAAGCCUCCAGAUUUAAUUCCAUGGCCACAGAGGUUGCGGAGAAGACUGGGGAAGAUGUCCCGGUACCUGGCGCCGGAGGGACCCGUUUCGACCUGGAGAAGGAGACGGAGCUCCGCUUCGAGGUGGAGGCAGGGGAACGCGUACAGCUGGAGCUGCUCACCGGCCUGGCAGAGGUCUUCGGUUCAGAGCUCAACCGAAACAAGAAAUACACCUUCGGCCCAGGCUCUAAAAUCGCAGUAUUUACCUGGCAGGGCUGCGGCGUUUGUCUCUAUGGCAAAACAGAGGUGGCAUACGUGUCCAAGGACACACCCAUGCUGCUGUACCUCAACACACAUGCAGCCUUGGAGCAGAUGAGGAGGCUAGCCGAGCGGGACAACGAGAGGGGGCCGAGGGUCAUGGUGGUGGGGCCCACAGAUGUUGGCAAGUCGACGGUCUGUCGUCUCCUGUUGAGCUAUGCGGUCCGGCUGGGCAGAAGACCCACACUGGUGGAGCUGGAUGUGGGACAGAGUGGGGUGUCCGUCCCCGGGACAAUGUCGGCCCUCUGCAUCGAGCGUCCUGCCGACGUGGAGGAGGGCUUCUCUGUCCAGGCCCCUCUGGUGUUCCACUUUGGCUCCACCUCCCCUGGGACCAACAUCAAGCUGUACAACAAGCUGACGUCGUCCCUGGCUGAGGUGUUCUCCCAGCGCUGCGAGGUGAACCGGAAGGCCAGCGUGGGCGGCUGCAUCAUCAACACGUGCGGCUGGGUGAAGGGCUCGGGCUACCAGGCGCUGGUCCACUGCGCCUCGGCCUUCGAGGUGGACGUGGUGCUGGUGCUGGACCAGGAGAGGCUGUACAACGAGCUGAAGCGCGACCUGCCCCACUUUGUGCGCGUGGUCCUGCUGCCCAAGUCGGGUGGCGUAGUGGAGCGCUCCAAGGAGUGCCGGCGGGAGACGCGCGACGAGAAGAUCCGCGAGUACUUCUACGGCUUCCGCGGCGUCUCCUUCUACCCGCACGCCUUCGACGUGCGCUUCUCCGACGUGCGCAUCUACAAGAUCGGCGCGCCGUCCAUCCCCGACUCGUGCCUGCCGCUGGGCAUGUCCCAGGACGACACGCAGCUGAAGCUGGUGCCGGUGACGCCGGGACGCGACCUCACGCACCACGUGCUGAGCGUGAGCUGCGCCGAGGACGGCGAGGAGGGGAGCCGGCGCGGCGUGGUGGAGAGCCCCGUGUGCGGCUUCAUCGUGGUGACGGCGGUGGACACGCAGGCGCAGGUGAUGACGGUGCUGUCGCCCGCGCCCCGGCCGCUGCCCCGACACACGCUGCUCAUCAUGGACAUCCGCUUCAUCGACCUGAAGUAGAGACACGGGGAUACGGGGGUGAUGGGGAUAGGGAAUGUAUCGGUAUGCUUUUUUAGUAAAACACAAUGUACAGGUUUGUUUCUUAAACUGGUGCUUGUUUUAUUAGUCUGACUUGUUAGUUCAUCGAUUCAUUUUUUUUAUAAAAGGUUGUGAAUGCGUCAUGUGUGUAUUUCUGCUCAAGAUUGUUUUGUCCAGUUAGAGAUAUCCUGUACAAGCCCGUACAUUUCUAAAACGAGGAAAGAUUGAGAUUGAUUUUUGCUAUAAUUCUCCUUUUUAUCAGUCAGGCCCCACAAUUGUGUAAAAUAAAUGACAGCUGUUUCCAACAGGGUUCCAGCCAAGGAAUUUCAAGUAUUAAAAAGUCUUAAAUAUAAUUUGCUCAGGUCUUAUAUAUUUUGGCGGCUGUCGGGAGAGUUAAAUAAAUAAACGUUUAUGUAUUUUAUAAAUAUAUUUCUUUAUAAUUAUUUU